CUUGGUUCAAUAGCAGUGACAGUGCGGUAGUGGUUUGAGAACAGAACAGUUUUACGGAUUCGAUUAAGAUCAUCUAGGAAACUAUUGCUUCUAUUUUAGACAUUGUUCAUAUCGACCCAUAGAAGCAACUGAAUUGUUUUUAAUAAAUGCAUUUAAAAACUAUUUUCCUUGAUCAUCUGAUACAAAACAGUUAGCCUAGGUCGGAGGAUAGCAGCGCAACAGUUCGAACCGUGCGUAAUUCUCUGCUUCUUUUCCCAAUCCAAUCUCCAAACAGCAAGAAUUCUUCCGAAGGAAAACCUUAAACUCGGAAACCAUCAAAGGAAGACCUAAACUGCAGGUGGCUCGCGGAAAAGAUGACGGCAAUGAGAUUGAUUUCCUGGCUUUUGCUGCUGGUGUUUAUGCAGUCCGGAGUUUUUGCCGCAAGAAGAUUCCGAGGUGGUCGCAACCCGCAACCACGACGGACACCGCCUUCUCCUACAUACCGGGACCGGGGUGACACCACGGAGAGUUUCCCUCUGGAUUUCACCGCCGUCGAAGAGAACAUGGACAACUUCAUGACGCAGGUGAAGAACCUGGCGCAGUCCCUCUACCCGUGUUCGGCACAGAAGCUCGACUAUGAUAUGAAGCUGCACUUUUUGGAAAAUACUUCAGUCACGUGCAACGAUGGAACUCCAGCAGGGUACUACAUGAAAGAGUCCAGAGGGAGCAGACGGUGGUUGAUAUUCUUGGAGGGCGGCUGGUACUGCUUCAACAAAGACAACUGUGACAGCCGAUACGACACCAUGAGGAGACUGAUGAGCUCGUCCAAGUGGCCUCAAACCAAAACAGGCACAGGGAUCCUGUCUCCACUCCCAGAGGAAAACCCUCACUGGUGGAACGCCAACAUGGUGUUCAUCCCCUACUGCUCUAGUGAUGUGUGGAGUGGUGCCUCAGCCAAGACGGACCACAGUGGCUACGCAUUCAUGGGGUCUCUGAUCAUUCAGGAGGUGGUGAAGGAUCUGCUGACCAAGGGGCUUGACAACGCCAAGGUUCUACUACUGGCUGGUAGCAGUGCGGGGGGGACGGGGGUCCUGCUGAACGUGGACCCUGUGGCUGAGCUGCUGGAGGGGCUGGGGCACCCUGGGAUCCAGGUGAGGGGUCUGGCUGACUCGGGCUGGUUCCUGGAUAACAAGCAGUACCGAUCUACUGACUGUCACGACACCAUCAGCUGUGCCCCCACGGAGGCCAUCAAGAGAGGCAUCAAGUACUGGGGCAGCGUUGUGCCAGAGAGGUGUAGACAGGUCCACCUGGGGGAGGAGUGGAACUGUUUCUUUGGCUACAGAGUGUUCCCCUCCAUAAAGAGUCCAGUGUUCGUGGUCCAGUGGUUGUUUGACGAGGCCCAGCUGACCGUGGACAACAUCCAUCUGACCGGUCAGCCCGUCCAGGAGGGGCAGUGGCGGUACAUCCAGAACCUAGGCAUCGAGCUGAGGAACACGCUCAAAGACGUCCCGGCCAUGUUUGCUCCAGCUUGCCUCUCACAUGAAGUCAUCACAAGGAAUUACUGGAUCGACGUUCAGGUCAAAGGCACCUCCCUUCCCCGAGCCCUGCACUGCUGGGACCGCAGUCUCCAAGACAACAGCCGGAACAACAAGGCCCCGCCCAAGGGCUGCCCCGUCCAUUUGAUUGACAGCUGCCCCUGGCCACACUGCAACCCCACCUGCCCCACCAUCCGGGACCAGUUCACGGGCCAGGAGAUGAACGUGAUCCAGUUCCUCAUGCACAUGGGCUUUGACGUGCAGAAGAUGGCCCAGCAGCAGGGCAUGGACCCCAGCAAGCUACUGGGGAUGCUGAGCAGUGGGAGCUAAGGAGACAGGAGUAAAGUCUUAGUACAGUAGACUAAACCAGGGGGCUAUGGGGCCAAAUCCUAACUUUGAGAUCCCAGAAAAAAAAAAGUUUAAAAAAAUACUUGUUUUAAUCUCCCGUUGACAUCAAUGUUUGAUUUAAAGGGAUAGUUCACUUUUGGGGGGGUGGGGGGGUUUAGCUUAUUUUUAACUUGAAGUGUCCUUUUAAGCAAAAGACUUGAGUUUUGUGUGGAUCUCAAGGUUGGAUUCGACACCAAGUCUGAUCCCCACAUCUGAUACCUCCAGCUCUGCUCCCCAUGUUCCCUGUCCCCAUCCCAUUCACCUCAGCCCUAACCUCAGUCACACCUAAGGGCUACAGUCUGACCCCUAACCCACCCGACAGAGCCUCUCACAACCCAGUACUGUUAGGAGUACUUGGGAAAACACUCCACAUAGACAAGGCACACCUCUCUGCUACUCUCCUUAAAUUAUCUUUUGGUUGGAAAAGAAAAAGAAUAAUCACGAAUGUAAUCCAGUUUUAAGGAUGCUCAUUGUUUAGUUGCUAUUUGCUCUGUUUUUUUUUUGUUUUUUUUUACCUUAACUUUUAUCCUGUGUCGGUUGUUUUGAAUUGUGUCAUUGUUAAAAAAGGCAGCAAUGACUUAAGGAAGUGUUUUAAAGGAGUCUAUGUAAAGUAUAUGAAGUAAACACAAUGUUUAAGUCUGUCUAACUGUGGGUCUCUUCUACCAUAGCAUUUUCUCCUCAAGUCAAGAACAGGCGCAUACACACAUUAAAGGUGUGGAAAGCACUGGACAAGUAGUCCUUCUCUAAGGAGGCAGUGACUGCUUCCCAAAUGCCACCCUAUUCCCUAUAUAGUGCACUACUUUUGACCAGGCACUAGGGUGCCACCAGGCACUAGGGUGCCAUUUGGGAUGCAACAAUAACAUGGAAACAACUGUGGAUUAUUCAGUGAGGUGAAACGUUCAGAAUGUUACAGAUAGAAAUGGAACGAAUAGAUCAGACACGAUUCCCAAUAGGAACUUGCCAGAUAUCACAUCUACACAACACAUAUCUAUCUGAACGUUCUGUAACCCUUGCACCCUGCUGAACAUGCAGCAACCCAGCUCUCACCCCAGAUCGUCACCACAGCACACUGUAACAACAACAGCAUCAGACUGUUCUUAAUGUGAUGCUAGGCAACACAUGAAACAAAUCACCAGCUGGCUGACAGUUUGUUACUCUAUGGCUUGAUGCGGUAUCAUAAAGGCAUAACAUCACGGCUGCAACCCGGAAUUGACCAAUCAGAUUGCGAGACCGGAAUAAACCUUUAUAUAAUGAGCAAUACACGUUCAGGUUCAUUUGAAAACCGCAGGAAUUGUAUGAGGACCACUGAGAACUUUGACACAACCACCAAAGCUAGUGAUUGGGUGUCACCUAUUGGCAAUUGGAGGAACAUCAUAAAAGUUGAAACAAAGGUUUCUCAUGGGGCUUCCAACUAAAGAAAUGAUGAUUCAGAUGGUUGUGGUAGAGAAGAGUCCAUUAUACCGGUAACUACAUUCCUUACCUUGACACAGGUAGACAUGGUUCAGAUCCUAAAGCUAUUGAACACAAACAGAAUUCUAGAGGAAUUCUGAUUCUAUGAUUGACCAUAAAGUAGGAUCUCAUUUCCACACCGUGCCAGUCUAGAGUUCUACGGUGCUCUCCCUGAUUUGUGGUGCUCAGAUGGGUCUCAGUGCUGGUGGGCCUUGAUUUAGCAUGUCUGGCACAAUGGAAACAAUAGAAUAGUCCCAAAAGUGCAAGCCACUCACCCUCCCCAGCUAGCACUCCUCCACGCAGGCUCAAUCAAACACUCAAAGUAUCUGAAAAUGAAACAAAAACUGCAUGAAUCCAGGUUCUGUAGGUCACUCACACAGGCCCACUAAUAGUUCAUCUAUACCACAGUGCCAAUUUAUGGAGUCCUCUUUACCUCUCAACAGAAUCAUCAGCUAUACUCCUUUUUAGUCAGCCAUGACAGUUUCCAUGCAUACAGUAUAUCAUCACAUCAGAAGGUGAACUACACAUUAGAUGGGCUUUGUUGAACAACAAACUGUAGAAUCAAUGCAAUUUCCAUUGAAAUGGAGAAGAACAUCACAUACUGGAUUCUUUUAGUCUGAGUGUAUAGGUUACUUUUAAGUGUUCACUAUUGUAACUCCUUUUCUUUAUAUUUUUGAAUAGAAAAUCACUUUUUAAUAUAAUGAUAAUGUUGUAUGUACUGUAAUGCUCAAUGUUAAGUCGUAUAAACUAUGUUUUAAAGGACCUCUUUCAGCACCAGAGAAGGAAAGGUAUUACUCAUUGUCAUUUUGUUCUGUAACAUAUUUUUUAACAGAGAACUCAAGCUACAUUGGUAAUUUACAUAUUUAUUUUGUUAUGUAAAUCAUAUUUAUAAGUGCUAUAUUCACAGAGAAGUGAUUCUUUGUAAAUUGUAAAUAUAUUGCUGUUUUUCUUCUCUUUGUGUUGGUUGCAAGUCUUUGUAUCAGACUUUAAGGAAAGGACACAUUACAAUUAUU